UGAAAACCUAAGCUUAACUUGUUAAUUCAAUUUAAACAACAACAAAAAACAUUUUUAGCAUCUGUCCGGUCCAGAUAACAGUGAGGUUAAGUGCCUUGCUCGGGGACAGUUAGACGAGUUGGCUUACGAGUGUCUUAAGAGCGAAUGGAAAGAGACAACCCCACCCAUAUAUUACCCCUCUCCUCCACGGUUUCUAACUACCGACCUUCCCGUCACAGUCCCACUCUUCGCAAACAGUCAGACUCGGUGUUAAAAUAAGAGGGGAGACCCCCGUGUGUCCCUGAGUAACUCGGGAGUCUGGAUUCUCCUUUAAAUUCCCUCCGUGUCUGGAUCCGCCACUACCAUGAGCAGCAGCGGCGCUGCUUCUUGAUGUUGUGGUCGGGAAUACGCAUGCGCCCGGCAUUGGAAUUACUGCACUGGCAAGAAUAAGUUGGACCUCGUCUGUCUUCACUAAAAGAAAAAAAAAAACUAAUAAUUCAAGUAUGGCAGUGUUCAGAAUAAGAAGGAUGAGGUGUUUCUGUGCCUGGCUCUUCCCCGUCUUUAUGGCUGUGGUGUGCGCCCAGAGUGCCGGUGUCAAUGAUCCUAGCAAUAUGUCUUUGGUCAAAGAAACGGUGGAUAGACUGUUGAAAGGUUAUGAUAUACGAUUGAGGCCAGAUUUCGGAGGUCCUCCGGUUGGAGUGGGAAUGAAUAUAGACAUAGCCAGCAUAGACAUGGUAUCAGAAGUCAAUAUGGACUACACGUUGACAAUGUACUUCCAGCAGGCCUGGCGAGACAAGCGCCUGUCCUACUCCGAGAUCCCCCUCAACCUGACCUUAGAUAACCGGGUGGCGGAUCAGCUCUGGGUCCCCGACACGUACUUCCUCAACGACAAGAAAUCGUUCGUGCACGGUGUCACGGUGAAAAAUAGAAUGAUCCGCCUGCACCCAGACGGCACCGUGCUGUACGGCCUGAGGAUCACAACCACUGCUGCUUGUAUGAUGGACCUAAGGCGGUAUCCACUGGAUGAGCAAAACUGCACACUUGAGAUAGAGAGUUAUGGUUACACUACAGAUGACAUUGAGUUCUACUGGCGAGGAGGAGAUAACGCGGUGACGGGCGUGGACAAGAUCGAACUGCCCCAGUUCUCCAUCGUGGACCAUAAGCUCAUCUCCAAGAACGUCGUCUUCUCCACAGGUGCUUACCCCCGUCUGUCCCUGAGUUUCAAGCUGAAGAGAAACAUUGGAUACUUCAUCCUGCAGACGUACAUGCCUUCUAUCCUCAUCACCAUCCUCUCCUGGGUGUCCUUCUGGAUCAACUACGACGCCUCUGCUGCAAGAGUGGCUCUAGGUAUCACCACGGUGCUCACCAUGACUACCAUUAACACCCAUCUGAGAGAGACCCUCCCAAAAAUCCCAUACGUCAAGGCCAUAGACAUGUACCUCAUGGGCUGCUUCGUCUUCGUCUUCUUGGCUCUGCUGGAGUACGCGCUGGUAAACUACAUCUUCUUUGGCCGGGGCCCUCAGCGUCAGAAAAAGGCAGCAGAGAAAAUAACUACAGCCAACAAUGAAAAGAUGAGGAUGGAUCCAAACAAGUGGCUGGUGGGGAAUGUAGUUGGCAGAGAUGAUACUUUGUAUGCAAGAAUGAAGCAGCGGGAUCUUGACGGCCACGAUUCAAUGUGGGAACCGAUCUUUGUGGAUGAUCCGGCAAUUGGACUCGGGGAUCAAAAGAAUAAGAUGGACCCACAUGAAAACAUCCUUUUGGGAACCCUGGAUAUCAAGAACGACAUGGGCGUUUCAGAGUUGGCUCUGGGCCUCAAUGACCCACGAAAUACCAUGCUGACGUACGACAGCUCAACUCUACAAUAUCGCAAAGCCGGGCUGGCAAGGCACAACUUUGGGCGAAACGCGCUGGAGCGCCACAUGACUCAAAAGAAAAGCCGACUACGGAGACGCGCCUCUCAGCUAAAAAUCACCAUCCCAGACUUGACUGACGUGAACUCGAUCGAUAAAUGGUCGAGGAUGAUCUUCCCGACUGUUUUCUCCUUCUUCAACAUUGUUUACUGGCUUUAUUAUGUCAAUUAAAAUAAGAACAAGGACUCAAGUGAGGGCAAGAACAGACAGCAGAAUAUGUCGCUCAUUUCUUUUUCUUUUUUUGUUUCGUUUCAUGUCUGCGUGAUCUUCUAAUACUCGACUGAGCUGCUGUAUUCAGGACUGGAUCCGUCAUCUCAUGGGAUACAUUUGCUGGCUAACACGUGAAAACCUUAUAGAAGAGAGAUUACAAACAUAUAAGGUGCCUGUUCAUGAGUAAAAUUUUACGUAUUUUGUGAGUUUUUUUUAUAUAUAUAUAUAUAUAUUAUUAUUAUUAUCAUAAUUAUUAUGUUACAUUUUUUUAGUCAAGGUAAUUCAUUGCCAAAAUAUGAAUUAGUCAAUUAGAAGUGGACACAUUAUUUUUAAAUGAGCAUUUACUGUCACUAACACUACUUAAAAGUGCUAAAGCAAGUUUCAGGUCAACAGGUUAAGUGUAUUAACCAAUUCUAUUAUUACCAUAGUAAAAGGGCCUAAAAGUCACAAUUUACAUAAUCAUGCCAUGUGAAAAAUACAAAAUCUGAUCAACCUUUUUCUACUUUAAUAUACACGGGGGCACAAUGCAAUUUAUUUCUAAGUAUUUGCCCAAUCCUGAACUUUUUUUCAAGAGCAUUUCAAAACCUCCAAAGGUUUUUAUUCAGAUUGCACUCAACAAGCCUGUCGAAUGCUAAAUUGUGUGAAGCAGCGUAAAGUAAUGGUACUCAUUAUCCCAUUUGGACUGUCAUAACUAUCCACUGUGUCGAAACGCUAGAAGAAAAUAAGGAACAAAAAUAAAUAAAUGAUUGAGCAAAGUAAGAAAGGAAAUAUUAAUAUUUGCCUUUCAACAAACUGGUUGUAUUUAUAUGCUAUUAUAAUUAAUAAUAAUUCAUUUUACCCCAUGUCAUACAUACAAGGUAUUUGGGGAAAAGUAUAUCCGGAGUAAUUAGUCUAGUCCUUGGUCAAUUGUUAAUGUAAAUGUCACCUGUAUGGCAUUUAUUAUAGGGAUAUUGUAUAAAAUUCUCUUCAGCUUCAGCUCUGUAUACCCACUUUCCUGAAUAAACACUUCGAUCGCAGAUUAAUAGUUUUAAAAAAAAGACACUUUCCUAACUUUGACAAACUUCAGAACGGAUAAAAGCACAAAUAUCAUCAAUUUACUAUUAUUAUUGCAUUCUUUUUUGUGUGUUAAGAGGAUUUUUUUUGUUUUGUUUUGACUCUGCUAAUGGGUUUACAGUAUGUGCCGUGUCUGCCUCCAAAGUCAGAUUUUUAUAAUUAACGAAGGUUUAAAACCUCUUAGACGUGGAAAAAGAAAACAAACAGGAUGAUAAUCACAAAAUGACGCAGCAGUCAGUCCAAAAAAGAACUCAUUACAGAUAACUGCGGAUGCUGUGCUUUUGACUCUACAGUCACAUGGAAGAUUUUAUAAGGGGUUUUGCACACACGUUCUUAAAAGCCAUAGAGGCUGUACCAUAGUUCUUCUAAUAUCUGGUGCUUAUCGGUGGGGGGAGUUUUAAGAGGAACUUUAUUAUUACUAACACACGUUAUGUUUCAGUUUCGAAGUUAAAAAAGUAAAAUUAAACCUAGGGCUAUAAUACACUGUCACAAACCCUCUCCCCAUAGAUCUGCCACGCUGUCCUUACGAAUGAAUUGUGUUUUUAUGGCAUUUUGUGGCUUAUACUCUGCAAGUUCACAGUCAGUUAUCAAGUGGUGAAAUGGAAAACUGUAAACGCAUAUCAAACAGAGACAGGAAGAGAAGGUAACUCCAAACAUCACACAGAAGAGAGAACAGAGGCUUCAUCUCCUUCGCCUUUUUUUUUUUUUUUUUGUUCGUCUUUUUGGCUGUUAUUGAGUUUAUUUAAAUCAACAAAGAAAAAGCACAAAAGGGUUCAUCGCUCCUGGCAAGUCAUUCGUUUUGAGUUUGGAGUGAAUACUCAUCACUCAAUCAUUAAUAUUGUAAUGUUUAAUUGAAGUGCAGCCACACAUCAUGACUCACUGCAUGCUCUGUAGCUCUGUACAGUAGGAACUCCUUGAUGUUCUGUUUUUAAUCACGUUCUCAUCCAGUUGGUUCCUUUUAAUCCGUGCUCUCGCCUCACUAAUAAGCAUAAGGAUGUGUGUAUUUACAGAUGCAUAAAAGAAGUACGCCCGGUAUUGCAAAUGACAUUCCUGAUGAAAAUAUGUUUUUAUUCUUAAAAAAAAGAAAAAAAAAAAAUGCAACUAUUUGAAGAAUGACAUUAUGAUGCAUCUUCACUCACGAUGCCCAGGAACUUAAAUAUUAACAACAGUCCCAUGCAGUUCACCUCACUGGUAUUUCUAUGUUAUUUAUCAAAGUCAGUUUGUGUUUCUAGUGAUUGAAAUCUGCACAAAGUUAGUGGAUUGUUUUUAUUUAUUUAUUUAUUUAUUUAUUUUAUAGUUCUGGUGAUUUGUGUCAGCAAUUCUUCUUAUAUAUCUCAUUUUGAAUAUAUUCUUCUCUUAAAGUAGUUUAUUUUGUAAGUGCGUUUAAAAUACAUACACAGAAGGAUCUAGGUUGUGUAUCCAGAGACCUAUUAGAAAAUUAAUUAUUGGCGUUGUACAUUUUUCUAUAGAUGAGGAUGAGAUAAACUCUAAUUUGGAAUCGUGUAAUAACAAUUUGAAAAAAAAAAUGAAUAAAUAAAUAAAACAUUUAAAUAUGUAUAUAUCGUAUAACAUAUUGUUAGUCAUAAAUUGGAACAUAUUAUUCCUGUAAAUAAAUACCUAUGAGCUUCCUACAGAAAAGACAAAGUGAACUUUUCAGUAUCAUUCGUAACAUAAUGAGAAUGCAAAGGCUGAUGUGAACCUACUAUGUAUAUAGACUAUUUUACAAUGUUAAGUAUUGGUUUCUUUUUCUUUUUUUUCUUUUUUUUUGCUCUAUUCAUCAAAGCACACACGUUUCUUUCACUGUUUUUUUUUUUGUUUUUUUUUUUUGCCAAAAUGUGAACAUGUAUUCAUGAAUGUAGUUGAUAUUCUUUCGCAGCAUGUAUCUGCUGCAGCGCGUCAGCAAACGUACGGCGACGAUUUCUUGUACCAAUGAUUAACUAAGUACAGAUUAAUGUACACCACCUUUUCGACACAUGCACACACACACACACAAAGGGUCAAGUGUUAAAAGAGGCCAGUGAUGCUUUUGUGUCGGGCCCAAACUCAACCCUCUCAGGUCAGCACAAUUUACACAGUCGGCACCACAAUGACACCCAGUAAUUGUACUAAGCAAAGUAGAUUGUUCCAGAUGUUUUCUUGAUGAUUUGUUUCCUUUCUCUGUUUAACACGAGUUACUGUAUACGGUACACAUUUACAGUACUAACAGUAUGGCACGGUCUUUCAGCAUAGGCAGAUACCCUCCCCCAGCCAUAGAUAUAGACAUAGAUAUUUCCUAAUCUUCAUAUUAUACAGUGUGUGUGGUAUUUGAGUGUGAGAGUGUGCAGUGUGCGUGUGUGUUUUGCCAGAUAGUAACGUGUUUCCAAACGCACAAACGGCAACUGGCAAGAAAGUUCUGCUUCAUAAGUUACACACUUUGGAUAUGUGCUUGUACUUCACAGCGCUUUUUUGUUUCAUAUAUUUUUAUACUUCUAUAUUAUAGUGUGUAUGUGUGUUUGUGGGGGAACGCUGUUGUUUGGGAAAAACCUUGUAAAUCAGAUUUUGGCAGUUUUCAUAUUUAUACUAUACACCGCCCUCUAGGGAUACAGAAAAUGUAUGUAUACUGAUGAAAUCCUUUCAUAAUACCUUGUGUAAAAUUGAUAAAGUACAUGGUUGUAAAUG